ACUGGAGAAAAACCAUAUACCUGUGACCAGUGUGGAAAUGCUUUCACCGCAGCAAGUGCCCUAAAAAAACACCAACACAUCCACACUGGAGAAAAACCAUAUGAGUGUGACCAGUGUGGAAAUGCUUUCACCAGAGCAAAUGACCUAAAAAUUCACCAACGCAUCCACACUGGAGAAAAACCAUAUGAGUGUGACCAGUGUGGGAAUGCUUUUACCACAGCAAGUUACCUUAAAAAACACCAACACAUCCACACUGGAGAAAAACCAUAUGAGUGUGACCAGUGUGGGAAUGCUUUCACCACAGCAAGUAACCUAAAAAUCCACCAACGCAUCCACACUGGAGAAAGACCAUAUGAGUGUGACCAGUGUGGAAAUGCUUUCACCACAGGAAGUUCCCUAAAAAAACACCAACGCAUCCACACUGGAGAAAAACCAUAUGAGUGUUACAAAUGUGGAAAUGCUUUCACCGCAGCGAGUUCCCUAAAAAUCCACCAACGCAUCCACACUGGAGAAAAACCAUUUGAGUGUGACCAGUGUGGAAAUUCUUUCACUGCAGCAAGUACACUAAAAAAACACCAACACAUCCACACUGGAGAAAAACCAUAUGAGUGUGACCAGUGUGGAAAUGCUUUCACCACAGCAAGUCAUCUAAAAAUCCACCAGCGCAUCCACACUGGAGAAAAACCAUAUGAGUGUGACCAGUGUGGAAAGGUUUUCACCACAGCAAGUUACCUAAAAAAACACCAACACAUCCACACUGGAAAAAGACCAUAUGCCUGUGCCCAAUGCGGAAAGAGUUUCACCCACAUGAAUGGGCUUAAACAUCACCAACGCAUCCACACUGGAGAAAAACCAUAUGCCUGUGCCCAAUGCGGAAAGCGUUUCACCCACAUGAAUGGACUUAAACAUCACCAGUACAGUCACACUGGAGAAAAACCAUAUAACUGUGACCAGUGUGGGAAGUUUUUCACCAAAGCUAAUCAUCUAAAAAUCCACCAACGGACCCACAAUGGAGAGAGACCCAAGUCCAUCCCAUAAUUUCAGACCCACAACCCAAAUCCAUCUACACUUCACAUCUGUCCUCACUUUUGUCCAUUCACAAAUAUAAAAACUUCUAAAAUUAUAAUUACUCUGUCUUAAUUUAAAGACAUCUUGAAUGCUAUUUGGAACAAUAUUAUUUUUUGUUAUAGAAAUCAUAUAUAAUAUCCUGCAAUUUUAGGAGUUUCACGAGGAAUAAAUCAAUUAUUAGUUACUUCAAAAUAGGGCUGCACAAUUCUGGUAAAAAUGUGAAUACCGAUUCUUUUGCUUAGAAUUGAUAUCACGGUUCUCUGGCACAAUUUUUUUCACAAAAUAUUUAUUCUACUGUUGUCAAGGAAAAUGGGUUCUUUUACCUCUGAUUCGCAUCUUUCAUAUCACUCUGCAAGUAGUCCGGUCACUUACGCAGUGUUUGCUGUGGAAUUGAUCUGUUGGUGUGGCUGUGUGUAAUGGGGAGGGGGGUGCACAUGUGUGCGUUUCGGCCAGUUACCAGUGCGUGUGUUGGUUACCGUCCUACUUGUACAGUGGGGGUACAGGGUGCGGUCCGUGCUCCCGCAGAAGUGAAAGUGAAACUUUAUGUUCAUUUACCUUUUCCCUGCACUUAUAGUCCCGGUUGCUAAGCGACGUCAGCUGAUCUGUAAAAGCUUGCAGCACAAAGAAACUUCC